CUUCGGGCGCAGUGACCUCAGCGAGGUAGAGUUUCUGUUCAGUUGCGUUACUAUAACACCUGUAGGCGCUCAGUAGGGAGCUAUCGAUUACGUGAGUUUGCGGAACCACUUUUGAGGCACUUUAAUAACCAAAAUUACUUCAAACUGUGCUUGGAACUGAACCGAAGAGAGCAGCGGCAGUGCUGGUGUGCCGAACAUGGGGCUUCUUGCGAGUCGGGAUGUGUUUUCGUGGCUGCUGAUGGCCUCUGUUUUCCAGGUGUCGAGUGUGCGUUUGGCGCAGGGCACUUACCUGUGCACUGCAUACCUGAAUAUUUCCUACACAAUCCCUGAAACAAACCUAACCACCUGGUUGCGAGAGGAGAUGGGGCUGUAUGGGCAAGACUCACCCAAAACUUCUGUAGUGGGGAACGUGUAUUUAGCCGAUCCGAUCUAUGGCUGUGAAGAUGACACCGUUUAUCGGCGACCGAACGACUCCAGGAGCUGGAUCGCCUUAAUCCAGCGCGGUAACGGAUGCACUUUCGCCGAUAAAAUUAACGUCGCGGCCAUGAACGGAGCUGCAGCUGCUAUCAUUUUCAACGAUUUUGGGGCAGAUUAUCGGGUCAUUCAGAUGUCCCAUCCAGGUAGAAGUGUUUAUACAGAAGAGCAAACACAUCUGAAUAUACUUUCUGUUGAUACUCGUGUUGCAAAAAAGCUGAAAGCUGAAGCAAAGAAAGCUAUUGGCCAGCUGCAGGUCCGCACACUGAGACAAGGGGAUCAGGAGACUGGCCCUGAUGCUGAUGCCUGUGCAGUGUGUAUUGAGUUGUAUAAACCAGGAGAUGUACUAUCAGUUCUCACAUGCAAUCAUUUCUUCCAUAAAUCUUGCAUAGAGCCAUGGCUACUGGAGCACAGAACCUGCCCAAUGUGCAAGUGUGACAUUCUUAAAGCCCUUGGAGUUGAGAUGGAUGUUGAGGAGCAGCCACAGAUUUCAGUGCCUGAUUUCAGAUCUUUUUCUACCUCUGAGGACCUGCAGAGUGAGACAGUGUCACACACACACAGUGAGACAGCAUCCUCUGGAUAUGCAUCCAUGCACGGAAACGAACACCUCGGUUCUGCUGAAGCCUCACAAAAUGGUGUGCAAGAGGAGCAGUUGGAUGUGUCGCAUCACUAUGACAAUCUUGCCUUCGAGGGUGACGUUCACAGCCAGAGUGAAGUUAGGACCUGAGCAGCACAAUCAAACACUGAUAAAAUGCACUCACAGAUGAAUGAGGGGUUUUGAUUUGAGGACUUAUAU